AUACAUAACACGCCGUGCCAUUCUAUCGUCACGUCCUUGUCAACCUGCAGCCCGGCCCAUAUAUGUCCACCACGGCCGUGUUAAUAGCCGCUGUUGUCGGCGGCGGGGUUCUGCUCCUCAUGCGCCGUCUCUUCCCCCGGCGGAAAGCGGCGAAGCUGCUCCAGUUUCCCACCGACACCAUGCGCGGAAAGACCGUGAUUGUGACCGGGGCGAACUGCGGGAUAGGGAAGGCCUUGGCCGGGGAGCUCCUGAAGCUCCGCGCCCGGGUCAUCAUGGCCUGCCGGGACCUGCGGAGCGCCGAGGACGCAGCCCGGGACCUCCAGAGCCAAGCGGGGCCACAGCAGGGGGAGGUGGUCGUUAAACACCUGGACCUGGCUUCCCUGCGAUCAGUCCGGAGGUUUUGUGAGGAAAUCAACAAGGAGGAAGCUAAGAUUGACGUGCUGGUCAACAAUGCCGGCAUCUUUCAGUGUCCCUACACCAAGACAGAAGAUGGUUUUGAGAUGCAGCUCGGAGUGAAUCACUUGGGCCAUUUCCUCCUCACUCACCUGCUGCUGGAUCUCCUGAAGGCCUCCUCUCCCAGUCGCAUCGUCGUAGUUUCCUCCAAACUCUACAAAUACGGCCAGAUCAACUUUGACGACCUGAACAGCGAAAGGAACUACAACAAAGCCGCCUGCUACAGUCAGAGCAAGCUGGCCAACCUGCUGUUCACACUGGAGCUGGCUCAUCAGCUCGAGGGCACGGCGGUCACCGUCAACGCACUCACCCCGGGCAUGGUGAGGACCAGACUGGGCCGGCACGUCCACAUCCCUCUGCUGGCCAAGCCGCUGUACCACCUCGCCUCGUACGUCUUCUUGAAGAGUCCACUGGAAGGAGCCCAGACGCCGCUCUAUCUGGCCUGCUCCCCAGAGGUGGAGGGCGUGUCUGGGAAGUGCUUCGCUAACUGCGAGGAAGAGGAGCUGAUGGCCAAGGCUACAGACGAACAGGCAGCCAAGAAACUGUGGGACAUAAGCAGGAGGAUGGUUGGACUCGCAGAGUGACCAUGGGGCCAGUUCUGUGGACGGGAUUGUUGGGGAAUUAAGUGUUCCGGGAUCGGCUCUCUUAAUCCGCUUCUGCUUGCAGACAUCAUUGUGCGAGACGUGGGUUGUGGAAAAUCCGCUCUCCUCCCCAGGGAUGAAAAAUUUAAUGGAAUGACAUGUUGUGCCUCUGAAGUGUGAUAAUUAGGAGUCUGUGGGCUAUGUUACAGAACUGAUUAGAGCUCAUAUUAGGAUUUGAAGUUUAACAUGUGCCAGUGUUGUUGUUUUUUUAAAGAAGAAGCAUUGUAAUAAUUUCUUUCUCCAGGAAAUCAUUGCUCCUUUUAUUUCAGUUACUUUAAAAAUGUUUUUACCACUCAGGAAACAUUUCAGCCGUAAACGCUUCAAAUAUACUGACCUGAUAGCGUGUCCUUAUGCAUUAUAAAUUCUGACAUUACAUAUGCUGUAAAAAUUCCUUUGCACUAUUCUUACAGUGCCCUGUGCCAAAGCAUUUAAACCCCUGUAUUUUUUUUUUCACAUUGCAGACAAAAACGUUGCCGUACGUCAUGUGAUGGACCAACAAAAUAUCCCAGUUGAAAGAAAAGGGGACAUGUUUUUUUCGAACACUUCAACGAAUAAAAAUCUGAGGUGUGAUGUGAAUAUGUAUGUACCCACAUUUACUCUAUCUCUAAUUAAAUUACAGAGCAAA